ACGAUUUCAACAUUUUUCAAGACAAUCUAAUUAAACAUAUUCAAGAACGCAUUAAUAAUAAUGAUUUCAAUAAAAAUAACAUUCAAGUCUCUUAUAAAAUUAAUGGCCGUAGACAAGCAAUGGCUUUAAAUAACAAAGAUGACUAUAAUGCAUUUAUUAGUAAAUGUCAAAAAUUAGAAAAUUCAAGUAAAUCUAUGAAAGAAUCCAGUAGUUCGGAUGAAGAUACACCAAAAUUAAAAACCAAAAAAUCAAAAUCGAAUCUUGUACUCAAAGAAUCCAAACUUACUACUGAUGAGAUCAAACUAGCCAAUAUUAUCACACAAUUAGAUCCAAAUAUCAAUGCAACAUUCACGCUACGCCUUGCUAUAUUGAAGAUGAUAAACAUCUUGCAUUAA